UCAACUCAGUAGUUUUGCAACGACGUUUGCAAUGUUGACACGACUUGAUUAGUUUUGCUUUGGUGUGUAGUAGAGCAAAAAUAAUAUUCUAGCGCUUUAAAUUAAUUAACUUUUUUAACUGCUACAAAUCUAAUCAUUUACAAUGGAAUCAGGCUUAAUGGAACCCACUUUGUAUUCAGUUGAAGCCAUUGCCAUUUUAGAUAAUGAUGGAAAUAGAAUACUUGCUAAGUAUUAUGGCAAAGCCUUUCCAACUGCAAAAGAGCAAAAAGCUUUUGAGAAGAAUUUAUACAAGAAAACUCACAGGGCAAAUGCUGAAGUAAUUAUGCUUGAUGGGCUGACAGUGGUUUAUCGAAGUAAUGUGGAUCUAUUUUUUUAUGUCAUGGGCAGCUGCCAUGAAAAUGAAUUGAUUUUGGGCAGUGUCCUGAACUGUUUGUAUGAUGCUGUAAAUCAGAUUCUUCGAAAAAAUGUUGAAAAAAGAACUCUUUUGGAAAAUCUAGAUGUUAUUUUAUUGGCUGUUGAUGAAAUAUGUGAUGGCGGGGUUGUGCUUGAAGCUGAUUCUACUUCCGUUGUCCAAAGAGUUGCAUUAAGAUCUGAUGAUAUACCACUUGGUGAACAAACUGUUGCACAGGUUCUACAGUCAGCCAAGGAACAACUGAAAUGGUCAUUAUUGAAGUAAAUCAUGUCAUAACAAGAAAAACCAUUGUAUAUUUUAUGAUGAUAUAAAUAUGUUUCUUGAAUGUGUAUAUUUUCACCUAUUACUAUUAAAACAGUUAUUCAUUUUUA